GGCUUCGUGAUUACAGCUACAGUAUCUUCGUCUUCCUAACAGCGACGGCCGAGUUCCCUUCCACAAUUCCAGAUCCAAGAGCUGAGCGUCUUCACCGACGGCGAUUGCAAGCUACCGGCGUCCAUUUUCCGACGAUCAGAGAGCAGUUGAGGGAGGUUCCUCAGCCGCAAUUCGGGUUCUGUUCCGUCGCUGAAAACCUGAUCGGGGAGGUUUCCGAUCAGUGAUCUCAGCAUCCAUCAGAUCUACGAGGAAGAUUCCUUGGAGUUCUGAGCCAUUUCCGAUCUUCAUUCCAUAGAGAAGUUAAGUAGAUCUUAUCAAUUGAGUUAGCUUCAUGAUUUUCAGAAUUCGUGGCUCUGUUCUACGGAUGAUGAGAUUUUCAGUCGUCGGGAGCUUGAGGGGAGGUUUCUAAAAGCUGUGAACGUCUACUGGAAAUAGUUUUCAGCGUGUGCAGGACUUCAGAUCUGUUAAGUAAUAUGGAGAACAACACUGAAAAGACUCUGAGAGACCUUUGGGCACCAGAUUUGUCAGAGGAUUCUUUUUGCAUUCAUCAUUCUGAUUUGGACGUAGACUUCGAGUUAUGGAAAAUUGCACAUUUAUUACCGAAGUUUCAUGGGCUAUCUGGUGAAGAUCCCAACAGGCAUCUACAUGAAUUGGAUAUGGUGUGCUCUUCAUGGAAUCCACAUGGCGUAUCAAGUGAAGAUGUCAGACUUAGAGCAUUUCCAUUCUCAGUAGCAGAUUCAGCAAAAGAUUGGCUGUAUUGUCUCCCACCCAAUUCUAUUACCAGCUGGUUCGAGAUGAAGAGAUUAUUUCUGGCAAGGUUCUUUCCUGCUUCUAGGAUUGCAGCUAUUCAGAUGAGUAUUUAUGGAAUCCAGCAAUUCACAGGAGAACCAUUUCAAAAUUAUUGGGAUAGAUUUAAAAGACUUGUUGCUAGUUGCCCUCAGCACCAGAUAAGCGAUCAACUUCUUAUUAUAUACUUCUAUGAGGGAUUGUGUCCCAUGGAUAGAAGUAUGGUUGAUGCAGCUAGUGGAGGGGCUUUAGUUAACAAGACCUCUACUCAGGCUAAAGAACUUAUUGAGAUUAUGUCUGCAAAUUAUCAGCAGUAUGGGACUAGACCGAUGAUUACCGAGGAUGUUCAUUCCUUUGCUAGUGUACUCCCUACCAGGAUCCAAUAUUAUCAGCCUGAUCCUCAGCUUUAUCAGAUCCAUCAGCAGGAUAGGUAUAAUUCAAUUGCAGGAUUCGAGUAUAGGAGCACACAACAAAGGAAUUCUGAGUGGUCUCAACAUUAUCAGUCAUAUCUUCAUCAUCAGCCUGAGCAGCAUUUUAGGGAGCAGUUACAACAAUUCGGACAACAUCGAGAAACACAAUUCCAGGAAAGAUGACAAUUAUCAACACAGUUACAGUUGCAAUCAGAUCAACCUACUGCAUCGAUUUUGAAGGAGAUGAGUUGUAGAGUUUGUGAUUUGCCUUAUCUUAAUUCUGCUUCUCUGCAUGAUUCUUCUAGCUUUUUAAAUUGUGAUGUUGUAGUUGAUCCUGAUAAUAUUUUUGUUGAUGAUAUUGUUGUUCCAGAUAGUCUUGAUGUUGCAGGUGUUGCUUUUGAUGAUGGAAGUGUAGGGGAGACCCAAGAAUCACUUCCUUUGACUAUUCCACCACCAGUUGAGUCAGUUGAGUCUGUAGAUGUACCUUGUGACGAUGGAAGUGUAGGGAAAACUCAAGAAUCACUUCCAUUGGUUGUACCUGAUCCAGAGACAGUUCUUUCACCUGAUCGAGAUGAUGUCACAUUCACUAUACUAGAGACUCCAGGUAUCUUUCAGGAUGGUAAGGAUAAUAUUUCUUCUGAAUCUUUAGGAAAUACCAUGGAGGUAGUUCAUUUUGAUUGUAGUGGAUGUAACAUGUCUUUUGAUUCAUGCUCUGUUGAUUUUGAUAUUGUUUCUGGUACAUCUUACACAGCAUGCGUGCAGGAAAUGCAUCUUUUUCUUUUUAGUGUGCAGAAUUUCUUCAGAUAUUUUAUUUGUAGUCAAUCAUGCAAGGAUGCAUUCUACCACUUGAAGAAAGCUCUAACUCUCUAUGCAAUAAGCAAGCUUCUGGAGUGGAUAUUUCAAAUGAACCAUCUUUUACCACUUCCAGAAUGGCUUCUGGAACUGAAUCGACUCCGACCGCCAGAAAUUAGGGGAGUUGGUUCCAUC